GAAUGCUAUAGUUCUAGAUAUAUCAAUCACAGAUUUGCAUUGCAAUUUGCAUCAUCCAUUCACCAUCAUGGCAAGAACAAGUUUGGUCAUUAGCAGUAUUGCCUUCGCUGCUUUCAUUAUGUUGUCUAUUGCACAGAUGGCAUUAGGAGUUUCAAGACUCGAUCAAGUGGUCGCUGUGUCUGGGCCAUCCGAGACGGAGCAAGCUGGGGUAAACGCGGCGCACGGGAUGGUGGAUGUGCAGAAAACUAGGUAUACACUAGUGAACUUAGACAAAGGUGAGGCAACUAGGGGUGGAAAAGACAGUGCAAGUUUCCUGAAUGGAUUGGCCAAGGAAAACAACGCUGGAGCGCUCGUUGUGAAUGCAGAGAAGGGUCGAGUGGAAAAUCAUGGGCACACUGGAGUGAACAUUGGGAACGGGUUAGCAGACGUGAACGACGAUGGCAUUAGAGCGGUUGACUUGCAAAAUGGCAAGGUAUACGAGGGUGAGGAAACUGGGGUGAAGGUAGCGAACGGCUUAGCUGGCGUGAAAAUCGGUAGACACACAGAAGCCGACCUAAAUAAAGGUAAGGUAGAAAAGGGUAGGGAAACCACUGUGAACGAAGGCAACGAAUCCGGUGAAGUUCCAGCAUAUACGAAUAGCCCGGUGCCAGAAAAAUCUUAUCCAGCAAAUAACAAAAAUGUCAAUGGAAGCUACAACUAAGAGCAGAUUGAUUAGCAUGACGGUUUU